UACAGUGAAACGUAUCUUUUGAGUCUGUGGCAGCUUCCAGCACGUUGUCUUGGAGACUUAUUUUAUGUGUCCUGUCGCCGGUUAGUUGUAUGCUUUUCUCCGACAGAGUGUACCUGGAAACCUUGUAUUUAGCAAACUGGGAAGAAAAAAGAUGAAUUCACCGGAUCCGUGUUUUAUAUUAUUGUUGAGUUUACUAGCAGUGAGCUCCUGCUGUGGAUUCUAUCUUCCGGGUUUAGCACCAGUCAGUUUUUGUGAAAAUGUAUCUGAAGGCGUUCCGGGGGAAUGUCAGACCGAGAUCCAGCUAUUUGUGAACAGAUUAGACUCUGUGGAAUCAGUCCUCCCUUUUGAGUAUGAUGCGUUUGAUUUCUGCAAAGAUAAAAAUGAAAGAAGACCUUCAGAGAACCUUGGUCAAGUGUUAUUUGGAGAAAGAAUAGAGACAUCCCCAUACAAGUUUUCAUUUAAGGCUGAUCAGGCAUGUACGAAGGUCUGCACCAAAUCUUAUGAUACUUCUGAAAAAGAGGCUAAGUUAAGGUUGGAUUUUCUAAAGAGAGGAAUGGAGCUGAAUUACCAGCACCACUGGAUUGUGGACAACAUGCCUGUAACGUGGUGUUAUAUUGUGGAGGGUGAUCAGAAAAUCUGCAAUCCCGGAUUUCCAAUUGGAUGUCUUGUUAACCAAGAGGGUAAACCAAAGGAUGCCUGUGUUAUCAAUGCCGAGUUCAACAAGAAGAACACUUAUUAUCUUUUCAACCAUGUGGACAUCACCAUAACUUACCACAGUGGGGUUGAACAGGCUGGGAAUGGUGCUCGACUUGUGGCAGCUACUCUGGAACCAAAGAGUAUUAAACAUGGUGAUGAUCAAUCUUGCGAAGGCCCUCCCAUGGAGAUCCCAGCAGAAUUCAACAGUAAUCUCAAAGUGACCUACUCCUAUUCAGUUAAAUUCAAACCAAAUGUUGACAUUAAGUGGGCUUCUCGGUGGGAUUACAUUUUGGUUUCCAUGCCUCACACCAACAUCCAGUGGUUUAGCAUCAUGAACUCAUUGGUUAUUGUGCUCUUCCUGUCUGGCAUGGUGGCAAUGAUUAUGCUUAGAACACUGCACAAGGACAUUGCCAGGUACAACCAGCUGGACCAGGAAGAUGCCCAGGAGGAGUCCGGGUGGAAGCAAGUACAUGGAGACGUGUUCAGGCCGCCCAAGAUGGGCAUGCUCCUGUCUGUCUUUCUUGGACAGGGCACUCAGAUCUUCACCAUGACCUUCAUCACCCUUUUGCUGGCCUGUCUGGGGUUCCUCUCUCCAGCUAACAGAGGAGCUCUCAUGACCUGUGCAGUGGUACUGUGGGUUCUGUUGGGCACACCUGCUGGCUAUGUCUCAGCCAGACUCUAUAAGACUUUUGGUGGUGAAAACUGGAAAACCAAUGUUCUUCUCACAGCCUUUUUGUGUCCUGGGAUCAUAUUUGUGGACUUCUUCCUGAUGAAUCUGAUCCUAUGGGUAGAGGGCUCGUCCGCUGCUGUUCCAUUUGGUACACUCGUGGCCAUCCUGGCACUGUGGUUUGGCAUCUCUGUACCUCUCACUUUUGUGGGUGCAUACUUUGGCUUCAAGAAAACAGGCAUUGAGCCACCAGUGCGAACAAACCAGAUCCCACGCCAAAUUCCUCAGCAGUCCUUUUUCACCAAACCUGUGCCAGGCAUCUUCAUGGGCGGCAUCCUGCCCUUUGGCUGCAUCUUUAUCCAGCUCUUCUUCAUCCUCAACAGCAUUUGGUCUCAUCAGAUGUAUUACAUGUUUGGCUUCCUUUUCUUGGUCUUCAUCAUCCUGGUCAUUACCUGCUCCGAGGCCACUGUUUUGCUCUGCUAUUUCCAUUUAUGUGCAGAGGAUUAUCACUGGUGGUGGCGAUCAUUCCUGACCAGCGGUUUUACGGCUGCAUAUCUCUUUGUCUACGCAGUACAUUACUUCUUUUCAAAACUACAACUUGUUGGGGCUGCAAGCACCAUACUCUACUUUGGAUACACCACGAUCAUGGUGCUCAUUUUCUUCAUUUUUACAGGUACUAUAGGCUUCUUCGCCAGCUUUUGGUUUGUAAAUAAAAUCUACAGUGUGCUGAAAGUGGACUAAGGGAAGGACAUUUGGAGAACAUAUCAUCUUAAUACAGCUUUCAGUGGGUGGAAAUCUGUAGAGACAUUGAAAUGAAGGAAAACAUUUCUAAAGAAUCAGAAAACACCUCUCUUCCUUUCUUUACUGGUGGUGUGUGGCUAAACUGUUUGUCAUUCACUUGGUGUUAUAGGGAUAGUUCAUCCAAAAAUGAACAUUCUGUCAUUCAGGUUCCAAACCUGUAUGAGUAAAGGAUGACAGGAUUUCCAUUUUAAGUGAAUAGUCCCCUUUAAUUUGCGCACUUUCCUGCAGUAGGUCUGUGUUUGAAUGCCAAAGACUUUUUUUCCGUGCUUUAUUUGUCUCACUUUGCUUAGGAAUACAUUCUAGCUUCUAAACACACAGUGCUUUGAGCAGAUGCCCAUAUCUUUAUAUAAAAGUCUAUUUUGAAAUGCAAAUGUACUGUAUGUUCUACUCUCUGUUAUGACAUACAGUUAAUUGAAUAUUUAAUAAAAUUAUUCCUGUCCAUUUCUUUUUUUGUUUUUUAUAUAUCAUCUGUAUGUAUAAUUUGCUCUGAAAGAUCAAUCACAGGACACUUUAUUAGGCAUGUGAAAUUAUCACAGUAGCCUCUAUGAUGUCAUCUAUUUGUGGAUAUAAAUAAUGAUUGUUAGUUUGUUGUCACUGUCAAAAUUGUUUAGUUCCAUUUGUUUUUAUGGUUUUAUCACUGACAAUUAAUUUUAAUGGAAUGAAGGAAACAGAAGAAUGUUUAUGAAGCACAUAUCUUGCUAUUAGGCACUUUUACACAAGUUAAAAAUGUCUUAAUAAUGGGAGAGAUUUAGUUAUUUUAUACUUUGUAUAUUAUUUAAAUGUGUAGUUCAGAAACAGCUAGAUCAUUCCACAAAAAAAUUAUACAAUGCCUGCACAUUUUUUCCCCCAAUAUCUUUAAUUUAAAAUUCCACAGAAUGUACUGCUUUAUCAAGUCUUGUGAGGUAUACAUCAACAUUCUUUACCAUGUUAAAAUGAAAGAAAAAUAAAGUACAUCAUUACAAAAAUUUCUACCUCUAAAUU